AUGGACGAGUCAGCAAGAAGGAUUGUGGUCCUGGGAAAAACUGGAGCUGGAAAGAGCAGUAUUGCCAACACCCUGUGUGGAGAGCCUGCGUUUAAAGUAAAUCAUACCCCCAAUUCUGGAACAAGUGAAUGUCAAACAAAGUUCAUGUCAGUCAGUGGAAGAAUGGUACUCUUUAUUGACACUCCUGGAUUUUUUGACACAGACAGACCUGAGGAGGAGAUGAAGUCUGAAAUAGUGAGGUGUAUCACAGAAUGUGCUCCUGGUCCUCAUGUUUUUCUCAUUGUGCUUAAAAUGGAGAAAUACACAGAGCAUGAAAAGGCUGUAAUAGACAAAAUUAAUCAAUAUUUCUCAGAUGAAGCACUUAGAUUUACUAUAAUAAUCUUUACUCAUGGUGACCAGCUUCCUGAGGGAAUGAAGAUCGAAGAGUUUGUGAAUGAAAGUGAAGCUCUGGGCGAUCUGGUCAAGAAGUGUGGGAGCCGCUGCCACGUCAUUGAUAACAAAUACUGGAAGAACAACCACGGAGAUGAAUACAGGAACAACCGGUAUCAGGUGGGAGAAUUACUCAAAACCAUUGACAAGAUUAUUGAGGCAAACAAAGGAGGCUACUUCACCAAUGACAUGCUGCAACAAGUGAAGAGAGAUAUUCAAAAAGAGGAAGGUCGCAUCAAACAGUCAUCUCCAGACUUUACGGAAGAGGAAACUGCAACAAAGGCAAAACAAUCUGUGUUUGACAAUCUGUUGUUUAAAGCUGCAGGAGUUACAACAGGAGCUCUACUGGGUGCAUUCCUUGGUGGAGCGAUAAAACUUAUGAAAGAAGAAAGAAGUCUAGGUUUAGCAGUAGGAGUAGCAUUAGGAACAGCAGCAGGAGUCGCUGCAGCAAAAGGAAUGAUGUCAGAUGCAGCAACAGCAUCUGACACAUCUGUCACAGUUCCGACUGGGUCUGCAGAGCCAGCAGCUGAAUAG